CUGCAGCGACAGCUCACUUUUGUGUUUUGGAACGGUAUGAAGGGUUGACAUUCAACAGCCAAAUAACUUUUGAUUUCACACCUUCAUGACUUAACCGAUUGUGGCAUAUACUACUGCUUUUUAACAUGAACUUCAUCAGAUCUCGCAUUGCCACUGGGACGUUGAUUGGUCAGUGGCGCGGACAUGCGUUGGAGCACGGGGGUGUUCGGAGGAUGUGUAACAAACCCCAGGAGGGGCACGCUGAGGUGCCUGCAGUACCAGCACAAGGCCCCCGUCCUGGGUUCAAGCUGCCCGGCUACAGACCGUCCAACAUGGACAGGAAGAUCCUAGUCUGGUCCGGACGCUUCAAGACCCCCGACCAGAUCCCAGAGCUUGUGUCGUUCGAGAUGAUUGAUGCAGCCAGGAACAAGGUCCGAGUGAAGGCCUGCUACAUAAUGAUGGCGGUCACCAUCGGAGCCUGUCUAGUCACGGUCAUCUUGGGAAAACGGGCUGCUGGCAGACAUGAGUCUCUGACCUCUCAGAACAUGGAAAAGAAGGCAAGAUGGAGAGAAGAGAUGCAGAAGGAGAAGGACACAACAGCAGCCAUAGAAGCAGCUAGCCUGACCGUAAAGGCUCAGUGAGAGGGACUGGAUGAGAACGGCCACACCUACACCUGUCCCCCAACACUACACUCUUGUGUCACACUGUUGUAGUCCCAUCCACUGGGCUGAUGGUUGGUACGGUAGCCUGUGGUACUGGGAACUCCAUAUCUCUUGUAAUGUAGCAUUGCACAGGAAUUGAGCAGAGAGAUUUGGUAUUUCGUUUUGGUUCAAUUACUUACACCCCAGAUCCCGUUUCUAUUUCAGAAAGAAUGUAUGAGAGGUCAGUUGUAUACAAUAACUUUAGAUUUUAACAGAGAUUUUAUAGAGAAAUCUUUACUGAGUAUAUGUAUUUGGUUUAGAGCAUUUCACCCACACACACAAUGGAAGUAUGCCAAAUGUUCAUUGCUUUUUUCAUCCAUAAUUUGGUCCAUUGUCUGGAAGUGCUUUUUUUGUUUUGGGAUUUUGCAGACCUAAUGAAAGCACUCACUCAUUAUUCUGAAUAUAGCUUAACAUGUGACUGUCAAAACCAUCCUUAUUUUUCUCUCAUGCUCCUCUGUGUAAAUGCCUUAAAUGUAACCACAUUUUGUCUAGCAAGAAAGUAAAACUAUAGGUCCAUUCUGGGUGUACUGCAAAGACUGUAGGUGUUUGGAAGGCUGGAAUUUCAGUCAGGAUGGCUAAAUCAUGACUUAAGGUACACCUGUAUACGUUUUGCACUUUAAUGUACAACAUAGCUUAUUUUCAGGUAAGUACAUUGGAAAGUGGAUCACCGAUGGGUCCUUGUGUACAUGCCAGAUCACUCCUUCUAGCCUCAUCCUUACCUGAAUUUAAUGUCCUUACAUUGAGCAGUGUACAAACCUCUGUGUAUUGUAAAGCCAUUCAAAUGAUCGUGAAAAUCUAAGGCUGUCAAAGUAGUUCUAAGUAAGUUAGAUGGCACCGUAUUAGAAUCAUAGAGGUUUGAAUGAGACAAGUUCACAACAAGUUCAUGAAACAGCAUUUAUGCAAAUGGCAUAACAUAGGACAGUUAUACAAACUCAAUACGACUGCAGUAUUGAACAUGAAGAGCUAGUAAUCAAUGGAGGAAUCUGACAAAAUAAAGAACAUGGUAAACAAUC